AACCACGAACGCGUCGCGCGCUCUUUAUUUGUUUACGUCUCGAGCUAAGUUUAAUAGCAAUAUAUUACAUGAGAGUCCUAAUGAGCCAUAAAAUUUACUGAUUGCAUAAAAGUGUAGCAUUUAAAAAACUGAAGGGAGAAAAGUCUGUACAUAUCAAAUACGCGUGUAAGCCUAUCACAUACCGUCACAUUCAUAUUCUCACAUAUUGUACACAUUGAAUGACAGGUAUUCAUUAUAACUUCAUUGGGUGGUUGCAUCUGGUUCGGGACAGAUUAUGUAGUGUUUGAGUCAGGAUCAGUAUCAGGACGUUCUGCUCUCAGUGAUGGCAGGUCCAGCGUAUACUAGUGACCACGGGUCUAGUUCUGCUCUUCAGGCGGUGCUGGAGCAGCUGCAGUCCGCACACGCUCUGUCCCUGACCCUCCCCAGUCCGCUGUGCGUGGCUGUCGUCGUUUUGAACCGCUACCUGAGCCUACAACAUCCCGCCGCUGAGUCCUACAGCUACGAUAUAACGGUAACGGACGGUCGGUGGCGAGUGAAGUGUCAGUUGGCGGAGAGUCUGAACCGGUUGGUCUGGACGGGCUCACUGCGCUGCGGUACUGGGGUUCUGGUGGCCCAGCUGUCUGUGAUCCACGAUGAGACGAGGUUGUGUCACAGUUACCUGAGGAUAGACUGCAUCCACAGCGUCGUGGAGCUCCCUGAGAGGUUUCUGUCCAUAAAAGACGUCGGGAAUAUCCCGCAGUGGAGUCGGAAUGAUGUGAGUCGAACUGAUGAACCCCUCCAGCUGGGCAGAAAACAUUAUUUGUCCCUGUGGAUAAACGAUGAUCCUUAUGGUAGCGUGUGGAUUCCCAACAGCCCUCCGCCAGAAGUGGUUAUUGAUGUGUCUAAAAUCACUCUACUUGCGGAUCUGGAUGCAUUCUUUCACAGCUCCAGACGGCCACUCCCACUGCUGGUCAGAAUUCUGCACAGAUCCAGGAUCAAGUACUAUGGAAAACCAGGACAAAGUAUUGACUUCCCAUUUCAAGUAUACUAUGAGGUGGCUGAUCAGAGUGGGAUCAUGUCUCUGGUUUUGUGGAAUGAUCUUUGUCCUGAGUGGUACAAUCGACUGACAGUGGGCUCGGUUCUGUACCUGCAGCAGUACACUUUGAAACACAGUUAUCAAAACCGCUCCAGACCGCAGAUCAACACGCUCUCUCUCAUGGCUUUUCGCUCCAUUGAGAUCUGCUUGAAUCCUCGAAGUCCUGCAUCAAUAGUGACGGUGAUUCCACCGAAAAGUGUUCAGCCUCAGUGGGGCCUUCCUGAUGUCCCAUACAACUUUAUCACAAGGUCAGAGGUGGAGGCGUUAAACAGUAACUAUGCCUGUGACAUCAUUGGUCUUGUGACAUAUGUGGGACGCAUUGAGCGAAUCAGAAGCAAGGAAAAGUCAGGACCUGAGAAGUUCUGGGCGUAUCGAUGGGUACAUGCAGUGGAUGGCACAGCUGACUCUCCCUUUAUCUUGGAGAUCUUCUCGACAUCCCAGCCAGAGAUCUUCAACAAUAUCUGCCCCAUGACGUAUCUGGUGUGCACUCAGAUGAGGGUGUGUCAGGUGGUGGGCAGUUCUGUCUAUCUCACCAGUAGCACAGAAACUCAGCUCUUCAUUACAGGCUGUCACAAAAAGCAGCCAUAUGUCAAUGAGCCAAAGGUAAAAGCAUUCAUCCAGUGGACUAAGACACUUAAGGACAGUGUCAUGCUGCGGAGGACUGCUGUCGGAGGACAAUACUGCUAUCCUCCUGGCCAACCUACCUUCACACAAACCACCAUUAACAACACAGCCAAUGAGACAUCAAUAACAGCCGUUGCUGAUCUGAAGGGAGAGCUAGAGAGUAUGCAGUAUCGGGAGCAUAGGAGAGUGGCCAUACAGGGCUAUGUGGCCGCAGUGCAGUACCACAUCUGGCCACCAGGGGAACCACACCCUGGAGCCAACACUGUACAAGGCACAUCACAAAGUGCGCAACAGCUGGAAGGUGUCAGUGAUGCUAUAGUGGUAAGGCCUCUCUCCACAGGGGAUGAGGGGUUUGUAGAACAGGGAGAAAUGGACUCAAUAUCAUCCGAUUCUGACACCGCAGCUACACCUAAACGCAGGAAAGUGCAAACAGACUCAAGGCAGGUGGGCUUUACCUCUCACGAAGAGGAGGAAGAGGAGGGCUGUAACAGAGAGGAGGCAGACACAGAGGAAUUUGAGAGUGGAGACGAACACACUAUCAGACUGUCCACAUUAAGGAAAGAGGGCAACCAGACAUCAAGUGGAGUUCAAGAUGCACAGCAAGCUGCCAGCCACACCAGUGCAAUGUGGGAGAGCAGCUACUGGCCGUUACUAAAACAGAAAGUGACGGAUCACUUUUACUGUGGCAAACUCGAUCAAGAAAGUAUUCCAGAAAAAUUCCACUUUGAUGACAAAGAAAUUCUGCUACAUCACCUGAACCUGAGUCCAGCAAGAUGGACCCCCGAUCUCAACUCACAUACACACACACCUGUGGCCUGCACCAGCUACUUUACACUCACAAUACUGGGGCUGAAUCACAAGGCUGCAGUAGAUGUUAUGUUUGUGCCUGUCAUUUCCUCUGAUGAUCCCAGAGCUGCUGGAGUGCCCCACAGUCAACAUGAUAACUCAUUGCUGUCCUGCCUGUCAACGGGACACCUGUGUGUUCAGCCAGAUGGUACCCACCCUGCACCAGGGUCAUUGAUGAGUUUUGCCCCUCAGCUGGAGUCAGAAAGAGUGGUGUGUAUUGUUGAUUUGUGUCUACUUGGAGAGAGCAGAAUAGAAAUGAUCUGCUCCAAACUUUACAAGACAGCAGACAUCUGCCAGGCCGACAGCAGUUAACAAGACGCUACACAUCACAAAAAUAAUCAUGCAAAAUAAAAGUUUUCUGACCAGGUCAGAACUAAUUACAAAUGUGCCAAGGCCAGUAUCGUUGCUAAAAUGUAUUCUGAAUAGCUGAUGUGAGUUCAGUUUGUUGGACUUUAAGGGUAAGUUACAAACUAUUUU